UCGUCGCUGCUUCCGCACGCGUGUUUGCUAAAGACCCAUCGCAAAAUGAACAUCCCAUCCACCUCGAAGAGGUUGGUACUUUCACUAUACCGGGAUCUAUUGCGUUACGGAGCACAGCUGCAGUACACCGAUAAAGAUUACUUUUUAGCGCGCAUUCGGCGUGAAUUCCGCCAGUCGGCGUCGCUGACCGAUCCGAAAGAGAUAGAAUUCUCGUACAAGAGAGGUCGGGCCUUACUAGACCGUGCUCGUGUUAUCUAAUCGCCACACCGGAGGAAGAUGCAUUACGUUCGCCGUAUUCCGCUGUUGGUUCGCUUUCCAUCGUUCUUUGGUAAUCAUGUCUGCGGACGACCGUUCUC